UACCAGCAUUUGAGUUGAGUACUAAUAAUAGUAAAUACUAUAUCUCUGAACCAUUGAAGCAGUAAGAAAGAAGAGAAUAGUGAAAUAAUUUCACUGUCGAAUCAAAAUGAAUCGCUUAGUUCUUAGUGCAACGGUAUUAAUACUUUUGGUAUCAGCAGCUCUUGCUUUGAAAUGCUACAAAUGUGAUUCGUCAUCCCUCUCAGAAUUCGAUGAUGACUGUUCUUUUGGAAGGGUUAUGGAUAAAGAAUAUUGCCCAUCGAGACAAGGCUAUGUAUGCGCUGAAUACAAGUUCAAAUACACUGUCCUCAAUGUAACCAUGUACGAAACUACCCGAGGAUGUGAAAAAAUUAUUAAAGGGAAUAUGUGCGAAGCAGAAAGACUGGAAGCGAAGAAAUUUUUUUACGGCUUAAUAAAGUUGAGGAGUUGUUACAUUUGCGAUAAAGAUCUGUGUAAUGGAGUUAUAAGGAAAAGAUACUAAUGCUUAUAAUCCUAAUGUGAUUUUUCUAGAAAUUUAUUAAUAAGAAGUUUCAUGGAAAUGGAGAUUGUUGCUGCUAUUUCAAGAAGAAUUCAGAAGAAAACAUUCGAUUAGGUAGAUAAGUUUCUUGAUAAGCCAAAUGAUAUUUUAUUUUUAUUGUUUCUUAUAUAAAAUCAUAUAUAUACAUAUACAUUC